UGGCAGUGUCAUCCAGUCUCAGAAGAUCAACUGCGCCAUUUCCUCAUAAACAAACAUGCAAGAAAAGAAGGCGAAAACGGGAAAUAAAAACGCGAAGAAGACGAAUCUCUUAGAUCACAGCUCCAUCAAACACCUCCUCGAUGAAUCCGUCUCCGAGAUUGUUAAGAGUCGUGGAUAUGUUGAAGAUGUGAGGAUGAGCAAUGUCAGAUUAUUGAUUGGAACUAUUACUAUUGUAAUCGCUCUUGUUGCUCAAUUUUACAAUAAGAAGUUCCCCGAAAACCGUGAUUUCCUCAUCGGUUGCAUCGUAUUAUAUAUAGUUUUCAAUGGAGCACUCCAGCUGAUUGCGUACACAAAGGAAAAGAAGGCCAUUCUCUUUACUUAUCCUCCUGCUGGAUCUGUCACUAGCACCGGCUUGGUGGUCUCUACAAAGUUGCCGAGGUUCUCUGAUCUUUAUACCCUUACCAUAGCAAGUGCAGAUCCCAAGUCGAUAUCUGCUGGGAAACCUGUGGAGUUGACCAAAAGUGUUACCCAAUGGUUCACCAAGGACGGAGUAUUGGUGGAGGGCCUGUUCUGGAAAGAUGUCGAAACACUAAUAAAUGAUUAUGCAGCAGAACCAAAGAAAAAGAAGUGAUCUAGAUAACUAGUUACUAAGCCUUACUCUGAUAGGUUACAUUGUGUGAAUUCUUAUAGGUUCACCACAUUUAUUGGUCUUUUGUUUGAGGAUUUUAAACUAAAUGAAUUUUUCCCGAGGAUUAGAAGACAAUUUUCAUCGUUUAAGGAACAAUGAAUUCCUGCUAAUGAAAAAAGAUUUGGUAUCUUUAGUUUUAUUGAUUUUUGU